AUGGAUGCGUCGCUACCUGAGCGAACUCCAGCGAAACCCUUCUCCGAUAUACUCCGUCGGGUUGGAGGCGGAAGACCCGUACAUGUGGGCGGCGACGAUCACCGGUCCGCCGGAAAACCCAUACGAAGGGGGUAUCUUCAACCUGCGCAUCAUUUUCCCGCUGCAGUGCACUUCUGGACCCCCAACUUCCACCCCAAUGUGAGCGACCGCGACAACAUCUUCCAUUCGAUGCUCAUGUCUGAUACGUGGUGCAUCGCGACUUCAGUGGCCCAAAUGUUGAUGACUCUGGCCCAGAUGCUCUUGCAUCCGCUGGUGGGUGAGGGCGACGUCGUCAGGGAGGAGGUGGCGGUGAUGUACCGGAAAGAUAGGGCCCGCUAUAAGGAACUCGCGCGUAUCUUCACCAGGAUCCGCGCCGGUUAA